AUGGUCCUACGACCUUCGAGUUCAAGUUGGAGUGUAGCGCCGGAAACAAUAAUGAGCCACCACUACAAGCUGAAUCGUGGAGUGAAAGGCGUUGUCGACACGAGUCCACCGUUCUCCAUGUAUAACAGUCCAAUCAGUGUGCAUUACAUUCCCAAAAGGGCAUCAUCGGCCGACGCUGCUAAGCGACGACAACCGAAGCUGACUCGUCCACAUCGUGAAUUGGCUGAGUACGUGGGAGCUUCACAAGGACGAAUGCCGCCAGCUUUGCGUCUCCCUCUCAAUGGCAUCGACGUCAAACCCAAACUGUUGCAGUCAAAGGACUACCAACCUCCCCUGCACAGAAAGAAACUUCGACCACCUGUUCCACCUUCUAAAACCAGUUCUUGGAAAGAUGUGGAUAAGCGACAUGAAGCUCAUCGGCCGCAAUCGAAGGACAGCUUCCAUUUUGACCUCUUCAAAGAUUGUGUUUAUUCCUACAUCAUUGAUCGGGAGGUGUUCACUGAUGGAGUAAUCAGCGAAGCGGUGGAUGUAGCUAUGGAGCAGUGGAGCGAGCAACUUUCUUGG